AUGAGGUCCUCAGUCGGCUCCUUUGCCAUCCUGGCGGUGCUGGCCGCUGUCGACCUGGCCAUCGCGGCCAGCAAUGACACCAAGUCCGACGCCAAAAAUCGCCAGCGCUAUGGUCAGAUGCUCGCGGCCGACAGCGGGGAAGACGUCGUUUCGAUUGCUGCGGCGGACCCUGACUACACUUGCUCCAAGAAGAAGAAAUGUGAAAAGGGAUGCUGCGGCUCCAUCGAUCCAACAAACGGCGUUGGUGUUUGCGGCCUGGGCCCAAAGUUCUGCGGCGACGGCUGCGUCUCCGACUGCGGUCGCAAGGGUGAAUGCGAUCCAGGCUGGGGUCCGGGGUGGUCCACGGAUGACAAGUGCCCUCUCAACGUCUGCUGCUCCGAGUUUGGCUUCUGCGGCACCACCAAGGACUUUUGCGGCGGGAAGACUGUUCCUUCGCCUAAUUGCGGAGGCAAGAGCGCGGAAAAGAGGCUGAUCGGAUACUACGAAGGCUGGAAUGUGCACCAGCGGCCAUGCGGCAACAUGAAGCCGGAGGAUAUCCCACUUGGAUGGUAUUCUCACAUCAACUUUGCAUUUGCGCUCAUCAAUCCCAAAACAUUUCACAUUGAUCCCAUGGAUGCCGACACGGCCACGCUGUAUGAUGCAGUCACAGGCUUGAAGCGCCGACAGACUGGCUUGGAGGUAUGGAUUGCCGUUGGUGGUUGGGCCAUGAAUGAUCCUGGCCCAUAUCGUACCGCAUUCUCGGACAUGGCCAAGUCCACAAAGAACCAGGAUGCAUUCUUUGAGUCUCUCAUUACGUUUAUGCAGCGUCACGACUUUGACGGUAUCGAUCUCGACUGGGAGUAUCCCGUGGCGGAGGAUCGCGGCGGCAUCAAGGACGACUUUGCCAACUAUGUUCAAAUGAUCAGCCGCCUCCGCCGUCGACUGAACCAAACCGGCAAGAAAUACGGCAUCACCAUCACGUUGCCGGCAUCUUACUGGUACCUUCGCGGCUUUGACAUUGCCCAUCUCGAACCCCAUAUUGACUGGUUCAAUGUCAUGACAUACGACAUCCACGGCGUCUGGGACUCGACUGUUCACUCCAUCGGACCAUAUGCAUACGCACACACAAACCUUUCCGAGAUUGAAACGGGCCUGAAUCUGCUAUGGCGCAACAACAUCAACCCCGAGAGAGUCGUCAUGGGCCUGGGAUUCUACGGACGCAGCUUCACCAUGAAGGACCCCAAGUGCAUGACCGCCGGCUGCCCGUUCAAGGACGGCGCCAAAGGUGGCGAGUGCACCGGCACGCCGGGCGUGCUCUCAGCUGCCGAAAUAAACAAGAUUAUCAAAAAUGGCGCCAAGGUGACGUUUGACAAGGAGGCCGCUGUCAAAAUCGUAACGUGGGAUACGGAUCAGUGGGUCAGCUGGGACGACUCUGAGACGCUCAAGCUGAAGAUGGCCUAUGCUAACCAGCGAUGUCUUGGCGGCACAAUGGUUUGGGCAAUUGAUUUGGAUGAUGGAACUUUGCUCAAGUCCCUGACGGACGGCAUGGACAGAAAGUCGACCUUUGUCAACCCCAUCCCAAAGUACCCACUGAUUGAUCUUGACUCCGACAGGAAAAAAGACAAAGACGAGCUCUAG